UCUCCGAGGACCUAGAUGCGCUGAGGAUGAUAAAAAAGUGCAUGAUGGAGUUUGGAGUUGGUAAGGCGGCGGUGAGUAGCUCACAAAAUGGUGGAGAAGGAGACGAAGAUGUUGUGGUGGGCUUGGAGAAAGACGUGCAACAGCUUGUGUUUAAAGUGAUUCUUAGUGAAGAGAUGUGGCUUAUUAAUAAACCUGUUCUUAUCAAAGGGAUGGUUGGUAUGGGAAAGACAACUCUUGCAAGACAAGUAUACAAGCAUGCGGCCGUCAUUGAAAAUUUCAAGCACUGCUGCGCAUGGGUAAGCCUUUCUAGUUUUACAAGUAGACAUGAGGUGCUUGUGGAACUGAUGCGCCAGUUGGUGACACUUGAUGGAGUUUCGUUGUGGCUGGAGAAGAUGGACAACCAGAGUCUCCAACAGAUGCUUUUCUGGAAGCUAAAAGAAAUGCCGCAAUGGUUUAUAGUUCUCGACAACGUGCUGCCAGAAAUGCUCUUCGAAUCCUUCUUGCUAGACCUUGCACGCCUCUCAAAGCCAAGGCAUCAAUGUAGAUGGUUGAUCACCAGUUGCCAUCAGAUUAAACAACAGUUGUUUUACACUCAUGAGAUGAAAGCUUUGGAUUCUGAUAAGAGCUGGCAAUUGUUUUUGCAAACAAUUAAUAAAUUUACAAGUGAUGAUAACAAAUUCUCCAAGGAGUUGGAGAGGAAGGCGAAAGAGAUGUUGAAGAAAUGUGGGGGUUUGCCGAUAGCUAUAAUAGAUGUUGGAAGGGAGAAAGCAAAGCAAAGACUUUUAGGGAUUGAAUGGGAUGAACUUUUUGAUUCAAUUGAUUUGAGUAAAACAUUGAAGUUGUUGGAACCGAUGUAUCUUGAAUUGGAUGAAGAUAUGAAGUCUUGUUUCUUGCAUAUGUCCUUUUUUAAGGAAAAUGCAAUAAUGAGAGAAGAGAAGUUGCACCAUGUUUGGGCUGCAAAUGGAGUAAGAACAGGAACUACACCAUGUGCCAGUUUAGCUGAUCGAUCCAUUAUUGAAGUCGUCCACCCGUACCCAGAAAUGUAUAGAGUGAAAAGGUGUCGCAUGAAUCCGCUACUACACAUGCUAUCCAUCAAAAAAGCAGAGGAGGAAAUAGGCCUUGAGAUCUUAAGGAACAAUGGAAAUGAUCGGCCCCUAGAGAGUCCUCGUCAUCGUGUUAUUCAUUGUGGCAGAGCCAAGUUUAAUAACUCCACAAAUCAAGACAAAUUUUAUCACUCCACAAAUCAAGACAAAAAUCUUGUUUCUCUUAUCUUACACCUCAUUUGUGGCGUAGACGAAUUAAAUCACUCUACGAAUCAAGACAAGUUUCUUGUUUCUCUCAUCUUCCAUGGAGGUGGUCGAUACUUGGACGACGCAGGCCAGUCUUAUUGGAAGAGUUUUGAACUCCUCAAAUUACUCGACAUGGAAGAUUUUGGGGCAAAGACUUUAUCAGAAUCUAUCGGGACAUUGACUGAGUUAAGGUAUUUGGGAUUGAGAAACAAUUACGUAGAAGAGAUCCCACACUCGUUGGGGGGCUUGAAAAGGCUUGAGGUUCUCGAUAUAGCUUUAAACUUUAUGGUGGAGGUGCCGGAUAUUAUCAACGAAAUGGGUGGCCUUCGUCUUCUCAACAUGUCUGAUGUGAUUUGCAGAAAGCCUUUGAAAGUAGAUGCACUACAAAAUCUUAAGACCCUGACCUUCAUGUCUAUAUAUUCCUGGACAUAUGAAGCCUCGAACUUGAAGAAGAUGACUAGUCUGUAUAAAUUGGGUAUUGAAGAAAUAGAUGAAUACUCGAAUGUAAACGAGCUCUUUCUAUCACUAGCUAAGUUGAAGAAACUUAAUCACCUUAUUCUGAGAGGGUUUCGCUUCAGAAUGAUGUCUUGUUUGGAUGAGAUUCGUGUUCUACAUAGUCUACGCACUCUGAGGCUAGAUGGAUACAUAGCUAGGCUACCAAGUGCCAAUAGUUUCCCUCUUGAGUUAGUUUACUUGGCUUUGGUAAAUACUUGUCUUGAUGAGGACCCCAUGCCAAUACUAAUGAAGUUGUCUAACCUAAGGCGCCUCAAACUGCGGAAUGCAUACAAUGGUCGAGAAUUGAUGUUCAAGAUGAGAAAACUUGAAAUCUUGUGCAUCAGUGAGUUGUGGAAUCUGAGAAAAGUACGAUUUGAAGAAUGUAAAAUUGUUCGCCUCAAGCAACUAGAAAUCACGAAUUGUCCACAUCUGGAGACACUCCCACAAGAAAUUCAGUCGAUGAGUUAUCUGCAAAAGUUUAAGAUGGUAACAACCAAAUACAUUGCAACAAAUAUCAAAAAUUCAGGCUUGCACUCCAAAAUAGUGGAAGUGGAUAUCAGUCCAUAAUUCGGUCGAAGUUCGCUGAUAUCACAUCCAACAACCACAAGCUCGCUCAUCAGCUCUCACAUCAACUGCCACCAAAUUCGACCCCAACGUCAAGCAAAAAAGGCCGCUUUAGUUUCCUUAUUUCAGUUGUUAAUCCUUUUCCCAUUCCGGAUUUUCUUUGUCGGUUUUAUUCCCUGGAUCUUGUUGUUUUUUUUCCUCUCUACUUCGAAAUUUGCUUUAGAACUA